UAAGUUGAAAGUGCACACACAUUCACCAGAGACGGGCAGGUUAUUUUCGAUACCGCUUGCCGUGCAGUAUCGUCGGAAAAGUGUGUUUAUUUCUUGUGCUAGGCGUUGGAAAAGUGUAUCCCGUGCUGUAAUAUCACCGACCGUACCACCAGACCCCUGAAACUGGUCGGUUUUGGCUUGCUUUGGGUGGAAAACUCGGCCUCGUGAUUUUUCAGGAUGGACGCUCUGCUGGACGAAGUCGAGUCAUUGGAAGCGAUUCUGAUGGACGAUGUACAGAUUACGAAGAAUGCGAGCGGAUUUCCCGAGCUAAUUGAAACGACCGUGUUUCCGACAGUCGGCGAAGAGCUGGAAUCGCAGUAUGUGUGCAUCACGCUGCAGGUGCUACCCUCGGCCGGCUAUCCGGAUGUGCGCCCGAACGUGAAGUUGCGAAAUCCGCGCGGACUGGACGAUAACAUUAUCGGGCUGAUCGAACGGGCCGUACAGCAGAAGCUGACCGAGUCGCUUGGCCAGCCGGUCGUGUUCGACCUGAUCGACAUCAUCCGGGAGCAUCUGACGGAGAGCAAUCUACCGUCCGGCCAGUGUGUGAUCUGUCUGUACGGGUUUCUCGAGGGCGACGAGUUCACGAAGACGGUGUGCUAUCACUAUCUGCACAGCCACUGCCUAGCGUGCCACAUCAAUGCUUCGAAGCGCAACUACGAGGAGGAGAUCGAGAAGCUGCCGAUCUGGAAGCGCAAGGAAGCGAAACCGUUCCAGGCCCAGUGCCCGGUGUGCCGGGAACCGAUCGAUGUGGAGGUGGAGCCGCUGAUGCGCUGCCGUCCACCGGCGGAACGGGAAAGUGCGCCACGAUUCCAGGUGACCGAUGAGCUGAAGUCGCUGCAGGCACAAAUGAACCGGCUGUUUAUGCACCAGAAACGGCGCGGCGGUAUCAUCGAUUUGGAGGCGGAAGAGGGUAACGUGAUUGCGAUCCGAACAGAAUCGCCGAAUGGAGAGGUUCCGAAAGGCACGAACGAAACUUCCAAUAACCCUGGCAGUGUCAUGCCCGAAGCUAGGGCGCCCGGAAAUAAUCACCCUGCCGGUAAGAAGCAGGGCACCAACGCACAACAGCAGGCCAAAAGCUCGUCCAGCUCAAAGGGUGCACGCCAGCGCAACAAUGCUCAACCGGUGAAUGGUGAGGCGAAUGACGAUCCGGACGCCUGCGCUGGUCCGUGCUGCUCGGGACAGAACGAUCAUCACCGUGGGCGCAAUAGGCGGCACAACAACCACCAUCACCACCAUAGCAACCGGCACCAGCGCCAUCUGCAUCAUCACUCUCAUCGUGGUGGCGGCGGCGGUGCAGGCGGUGCCGGCCCUUCGACGGCAGCUGGUGGAGCGGCCAAAAAUUUAGCCACUCCCUGCGCAUCCGAUGCCAGGUGACAAUUGUUGCCGCGGGAAAGCAGCGAUCCACACGCCGCGAUACAGUGCAAUUGGUACCAGCGGGAUGCGCUGGAUCAUCUGUACCGGCCAGACGCCCGGUACGACUCGAUGGAGCAGCAGCAGCAGCAACAGCAGUGGACGUGUGCUAUGCAUCCCUAUCAACAUAAUCAUCUGUCGAAGCGGCACCAGCAGCAGCGACCGGGGCAGGAUGAAAGUCGCGCUCGGUUGCCGAUCCUGCUGAUAUAACAUUUAAUCCACUGGACACGUAAGCAGAUUCUCGCCCGUCUCGUAACUACUCUUAUUCGUACCACUAUAAUCAACCGUAUGCAUAUUCGCAAUGUUGUUCGCAUAGCUGCGAACGGUCGUAGAGUUUCAGAUCAGUGUUGCCUCUCCCUAGUGUUGAUCCCGUGUGCGGGCGGUAGUAGCAGGCCGCCAAACGAUAGGAUAGAACGAAGGCAUUCUCAAUGUUACCCUUUGCAGGCUGCUUACCUGCAGCGACUGAACCGACACAGCCAUGAUACGCCGACUAGUAGAAAGCUGCUGCAGGUUGGGAGCGUGAAGAAGGAACCGUUGCAGUGCGCUACUGAGAGAAAUCUGCCAGGAAUAUUAAGUGUGCAAGAUAUGGGUGUAAGUUUUUGUAUGCUCCGUUUGCACUGCUACACAACGGUAGGGUUGAGUUUCCUAGUAUGGACUCGUUAUUUGGUAUUAUCGAGAACAAACCACUUACCACAUGCAGGUGUGUUCCAUUUAGCUCGUCGCGUGCAUGAAGAUAUUCUUCGCUCUUUAGGCGACCGUUUGGUGCUGUGUUUUUGUAUAAGUUGUAGACUGCAUCGAUACGAUCGGAGAAAUGUGCUUUUUGGCGUACUGUCAAUAACACUAUGCUUCGUUGCUCUUAUCCUGCGACACCGGCUGUUUCUGACACCCAAAGGCGUCGGUUUGGUGGAUUUAGUUGUACCGUUUACCGUGAUUUAUACUAAGUUUACUGCUAAUAUUUGCAAGCAGAGUGACAGAACGAAACGGAAGGUAGCGUGUGCAUCUGUUUGUGAAGUUCGCGAACAGAUGCGGAAAGAUUUAUAUUUAUUUGAUACGGUAAGUUGUGUAUAACGCUUGUGUGUUUCUCUGUGGUGUUUUAAUUGAUAAAAGGAAGGGUUUUCUUUUGCACUAGGUUAGUUUAAGUUAGUUACGAACGUACAAAGUGAGUGAAAAGUUGGUCGUAAAUCCCAACAUCCAGGAUAAUUUCCCACACUCGGUAGCAUUAGAAGCAAUUCAAGAAAAGACAACGCUAAUGAAUUAAUAUCCAGUUGUAACAACUUCCUCUAUACAGAUUAUUUAAUGGGGUCACUUGCCACGAUGGGAAACCAUUCCCUAUGCACUAUUUAUUGCUUUUCUGUUUGGUUGUCGAUUAUUUCUUAUGAAGAAACGAACGCGUAUCAUGCGUGCCAAACGACGAGGGGUAGACAACAUAAAGAAAAGUGUCAGCGAGAGAGUUGAACCACAGGACUAAAUAUAAAACGAAAUCGCACACGCUACAGGAAGAAAAUAGUUUUUAAUAAUAUGUGUGUAGCAGAGAGAAAUUAUUGGUGUGUAAAACUUUCACGAUGUUCGUCGUAUGCAGGAUUCUAAAAUUUGAUAACCGAACGCAACAGUUAGAAAGCAACAGGAUGCUAGAAAAGAACUCCUCCACUAUUUUACACACUUUCGCCGAAUGCGACGCCGUACAUUCUACUACACAAAAACAUUUAAAACUAAACAUGUUAGAGGAAUAAUACAAUCUUAUCACAAAUCAGAGAGAAAAAGCAAC